AACUGAACCAAUUGCUUACUUGUUUCCGGAACACACAAUGCCGAUAUUUGAUCCAAACCGAGAAGCAAAUCGCUGAGCAAAAUCCACAAGAGUUGUCUCGAUCCAAAACCACCACCACCACUACUGCUACUACUUUUGCUACCCGAGGACAAGUAAAUCAAACAAGCAAAAAAAUCUAGCUAGAUCGAAAACCCCUAACACUGCUAGCACUACUUUUUGCCCCGAUGACGGCGUCGGGCGGCGACAACUACCAGGAAGGAGGGCCCAAGAGGGUCUGGUACUCUGUCCGCGCGUUAUCCAUCUCGUUGAACGCGGCCUCACGGUCCGUCAGGAUCAUGAGCGGCAGCACCAGCACCAGGAAGCUCGUCCCUGCGAUCCACGCCGCCUUCCCCGUGCUCCGCGUCAGCUUCCAGGCCACCGUCCCCGCCUGGCGCCCCACCUCCGCCGCGCACGAGCACGCUUCGCGCCCCGUCUCCGCCGCGGUCGAGCACGCCUGCCGCCCCUUCUCCGCCACGGUCGAGCACGUCGGCCCAGCCGCCGCCGCCAGCUUCCGCCCCUGGUCCGCCACCGACGACGCCACGGCCGUCCACGUCGUCAUCGCCGACUCCAUGUGAUGCUGGCCGCCGCAAGCUCUCGGUUGGGACGUCGAUCGAUCGGGUGUCGAGGAGGAUCGCUAGGGUUUCUUAGGCCUCGAGAGUUUCUCCGUGGGUUUAGGGUCCAACGCCUCGGCGUCGGGUCUUGUACUUAUAGUAGUUGAGGAACG